AUGAGACACUCUACGAUCUGCAUCCUGGGCGUCAUCGGCUGCGCGGCCGCCUUGCCCGUAUCAUUACUUGAGGAAGGCAACGUUGAUGCCCCAGCGCAACCUUCUUCCCCCCAAGCAACCUUUGGUUUCGGUACCGGUGCCAACCCCUUCCAGGGAAGCACCGGCGCGUUCCCUGGCUUUGGCGCUGGCGCUGGUGGCAAUACCGGUGCGGCAGCUCCCUCCUCGCAGGGCGGGUUUGGCGCCUUCCCAGGCUUCUCAGGCUCCCAAGGGUUCGGCAGUGCCCCUGCCGCGAGCGGUUCGGGAUUCCCCGGCUUCGGUGGGUUCCCAGGCUUUGGUGCUCCUGGGGCUGCUUCGGACACCCCAGCGGCAGUCCCGCAAGGCUUUGCCGGCUUCCCUGGGGCUGCUUCAACAUCCCUAGGUGACGGUGCUCCAGCCCCGGCAAUUCCCGCCCAGGCAACCGCUGCAUCUGGCUUCGCGGGGCCAGCCCCGACGGGAGUAGCGGGUGCUACGGACCUGGAUGUGGACGGCGCUGCCGCUGCUGGAAAUGGGGAUGGGAAUGUCAUACCUGGUUUCGGCACGACCACCACUCAACCCGAGAAUGAUGACGAGGCGGACGAGGAGGGGCAGGAGGAGGAGCAGGAGGAUGAUGAGGAUCAGGAGGAAGGGCAGCAGCAGGGGGAUCAGGAGGAGUAG